AUGACGGACGCGGCGGCGGCGGUGGGCGAAAAGCGCGCAGCGGCACCUGACGCCGACGUGCGCGAUACGAAGGUGGCACGUACGGAUGACAAGGACGAGGAAGAGUCUACGGCGCCGGCCGCGCGCCUCGCGAAGCGCAAGGUCGCCAUCUUUUUCGGGUACUGCGGCACGGACUACUCAGGGCUGCAGGUCAAUCCGGGCGUCAAGACCAUCGAGGGCGAUAUCUUUGAUGCCUUUUGUCGCGCUGGUGCCGUGUCGAAGGAAAAUGCCGUCAACCCCAACAAGGUCGGCCUGCAGCGCGCAGCACGCACGGAUCGCGGCGUGCAUGCCGCUGGCAAUCUGCUCACACUCAAGGUGAUUCUCGAGCCCCCUCAGCUGCCUGCAGGGAAGACACUCACUUCCUACGUCAAUUCGCUCUUGCCGGACCAGAUCCGCAUCUGGGGCAUGCGUCGUGUGCAGAGCGCGUUCAAUGCACGCACCAGCUGCGACUCGCGGCUGUAUGAAUACCUGUUGCCGACGUACGUCUUUUUGCCACCCAAGCCGUUUAGUGCGAUGUGGCGAAUGCUACGGCGCCUGAAUACGGGCCAAGAGGAGGCGCCGCGCCAGGAGGACGGCACGCCCGUCGCGCCGUGGGACGACGCCGACGUGCGCGAGAGUCGUCUUUUGAACCAUGCCUUUUGGCGCUCGCAUGGGACAGGAGGCGACUUUGCGACGGACAUGCGCGCGAAGCGCCAGUGGCGCAUGGACCGUGAGACACUCGAGCGUGUGCGUCGCGUCUUUGCCGAGUACACAGGGUCCCACAACUUUCACAACUACACGGUCGGCAAAGAGUUCCGCGAUCGAAGUGCGCAUCGCGUGAUGAAGAAGCUCACGAUCUCGGAUCCGUGCCUGAUCGAUGGCACGGAAUGGGUAUCGGUGCAGUUCCACGGCCAGUCGUUCAUGCUGCAUCAGAUCCGCAAGAUGAUCGGCCUGCUUGUCCUGAUCGGGCGCACCAACGCACCCACGUCCCUGGUCGCGCAGACGUAUGGACCUGCCCGCAUCCACGUCCCCAAAGCGCCGGGGCUCGGCCUGCUGCUGGUGGAGCCCUUUUUUGGCGGCUACAAUACCAAGGUAUCGAACAACAACGAGCGUAUCGAGCGCACGAUUGCCAUGCGAACGGCCGCGGGCAAGCCACUGCCUCCGGACGCGGAGAGCGGCAAGCGCGAGCACGUGGACUAUGCGAUGUAUGCCCACGAGAUGGAUGCCUUUAAAAAGGAGCGCAUCUACCAGCAAAUUUACCGCACAGAGGAAGAGACGUCCGAGUUUGCCAAGUGGCUCAACUACCUCGAUGUGUUUGUCGGCCCGGACUUUGAGUUCCUCAAUCCCAGUGGCACCAUUCCGCAGUGUGCAAUCCUCAAGGUCGGAGAGCAGCGCCGAGCGCCGGGCGGACAGCCCAAGGCCCACGAAAGCGACGAGGAGGGCGCGGCCGAUGACGACGCCUAA